CCACAAACAAAAAGUCUUUCUCCGACUUCCAAUUUGAUCCCAUUUGCAGCUUUUUUCUUGAUUCCUUCUCUCUCAGCCAAAACCAUGGCUGACAUCUCCGACGACGAAUCCAAACCCCACCUCAUCUUCUCCUACGGCACACUCAAGCGAGGCUUCCACAACCACAAGCUCACCAAGGAAUUAAUCGACCAAGACGACGCCGUUUUCAUCGGCCCCUACAUUACCCUCCACGCCUACCCCCUCGUCUGCGGCCCCCACGGAUUGCCCUACCUCAUCAACCUCCCCGGGUCGGGUCACCGGAUCAGGGGCGAGCUCUACGCCGUUUCGGCCCGGGGACUCGCCCGGUUCGACGAGCUGGAAGGCACCUCCAUCGGGCACUACGAGCGGCUCCCGGUUCAAUUGACGGUCAAUGCGGACAGAGACGACGUCGUUCCGGUCGAGGCCGAGGCCUAUUUCGCGCACAGAAGCUUCGGGGAGGCCAUGUGGGAGAGGAACGGGAAGGAGGGUUUGACCGAGUUCACGGAGAAUGAGGCCAAAGGGUACGUGAAAAGACAGGAUAGGCCUCAUCAGGGUCGCAAUAUUCUCGAGGACGUCCGGCAUUUUGUGAAUGGAGAGUGAGGGCCAGUUUGGGAAUGUUUAGCUAAAACAACCCUAAGGUUAGAUGUGGUGUUUGCAUUCCAAGCAAUUUAGAUACGUACUCAGACUCUUGCACAUCUUUUAUGAUCACCAAUUUGGGCAAGCAAAUGAUACCAAACUCAUAAUCUUUUCCAUAUUUGUGAAUCUAAAUCCCGUUUCCAGUUUUCAAGCCAUAGGAAUGUGUUAGAGUCACUAGUAAUCUGCAUUUCAAUAACAGCCAGUUACAUAUUAGGUUCCUUUGAAUAGAGUUCAUAUGAUUCUUGUAUAUGGAACAGAAUAAAGUGCAUUAGGGUAUUUAUCAUACAUAAGAUGUACAACUGUCAUUAUAUAUGAGAUAUAUGAUCAUUAGCUUCUCAAGGUAAAGUAAGAGAGACGUUCCCUCCGGUC